AGAGAUUUUAGGAAAUUGUGGAGUCUUCAGGCCAAAGUGCACCUGUGGCCGGUUGAGUUUUUAGCCAGAUCUUGGUGUGAAGUUGCAGGAAAGUGUCUGAUGAGCGUCCCGGGACGAGCUCUGUGAUCAUGGCUCAAACUCUGAGCUUCUCCUGGAUCUUCAUCUUUCUGCUCUUCUUCGCUGGACUUCAGGGUGAUCGUGGUGGGCAAAACCACAGCAGGCAAAAAAGAGCAAUCAGUAGCGAGCAGCCUCGUAUGAUUUCUGAAAACGGUCACCUCACUUUCUCUGCUGGUUACAACAAAGACAUUCGCUUCACUACCUCAGGAACAGGAAGUCUGAAAGUGGGCGCAGAAGACCUCAUCCUGCAGAUAAACCAGAUCAAAAAGAACAAAGAGGACAUCGACACCAUCAAAAACAGCGGCCCGUCUGAGGAUAUCAAAAACCAGCUUCAUCUGCUUGACACCAGAGUCACCACACUGGAGUCAAAAGUCCAGAGCAUUGAACAGACUGUCCAGCGAAAGACGUGCAGCAGUAACCCAUGCCAGAACACAGGAACCUGCUUGAACCUGCUGGAUGCUUUUCAUUGCCUCUGUCCUGACAACUGGCAGGGUCCUACAUGUGCUGUGGAUGUGAAUGAGUGUCAGGUGUUGGCAGGAACUCCACUCGGAUGUCAGAAUGGAGCCACAUGUAACAACACUCCUGGAUCCUACACGUGUACCUGUACUCCAGAAUGGUACGGUCCACACUGUACAUCUCGCUAUGAUGACUGUGCUGGUGGAAGUCAAGAUCUGUGUGUUCACGGCCUCUGCAUUGAUUCUGACAGAGUCAAUCCCAAUGAGCCCAAGUAUAAGUGUAUCUGUGAUGCUGGCUGGACGUCUCCACCCGGAGUGGCUGCGUGCACCGCCGAUAUUGAUGAGUGCAGUCUUCCCACCAAACCCUGCUCCACAAACCCUCCCGUGGAGUGUUUCAACACGCUGGGUUCCUUUUACUGCGGGGCCUGUCCUUCAGGAUGGCAGGGUAACGGUUACAGCUGCCAGGAUGUCGAUGAAUGUGCCACAAACAAUGGAGGCUGUUCUACUUCCCCUUUUGUGCCUUGUCUCAACACUAUGGGCUCCUUCCACUGCGGACAGUGUCCUCCAGGCUAUGAGGGAGACGGGAAGACUUGCACUCAAGCUGACAUCUGCUCCACCAACAAUGGAGGAUGUUUUCCACUGGCUACCUGCACUUCAACUCCAGGAAGCACUAUCCCAUUAUGCACCUGUCCUCCUGGUUAUGUUGGUAACGGCUACGGACCCACAGGCUGUACUCAGAUCAGUGACAUUUGUGGCACUAGUAACCCUUGCGUCAAUGGUCAAUGUGAGAAUACAGCCACUGGUUAUGUCUGCCACUGUGAUCCAGGCUGGGCAGGUCAGAACUGCGAUCAGAACAUGAACGAAUGCUCCAGCAAUCCCUGCCAGAAUGGAGGAACCUGCACUGAUGGCAUCAAUGGCUACACCUGUACCUGCACAGCACAGUGGACCGGCCCGCAGUGCCAGACUCCACAGCAAGAGUGUGGAGGAAUUCUAGAAAGUCCAGCCGGCACCUUCAGCUACCCUAAUAAUCCAGGAACCGGUGAUUAUGAUCACCAGGUCAGCUGUGCCUGGGUCAUCAGAACUGACCCAAACCAGAUUCUCCGGAUCACCUUCCCUUUUUUCGACAUUGAGAACAGCGCCUCCUGCAACUUUGAUUUCCUGCAAGUCCAUGAUGGCGAAAGCGCUUCGGCUUUUGUGAUUGGAAAAUACUGUGGCAGCGCCGCACCAGCCGAACUCUUCAGCUCCCACAAUUCUCUGUACUUCUGGUUUCGCUCCGAUCAUUCAGUCAGUGCUGGCGGCUUCACUGUGGCCUGGCAAUCGCAAGCACCAGUGUGUGGAGGACAGUUGACCAACACAUACGGGGACAUCAAGUCUCCCGGUUACCCAGGUAACUAUCCACCAAACCGGGACUGUUAUUGGACGGUGAAUGUGAACCCCGGUCUGCUCAUCACAUUCGCUUUUGGCACUCUCAGCCUGGAGCAUCACGAUAACUGUAACUUUGACUUCCUGGAGAUCAGAGAUGGACUGCUCCCUGAAGACUCUCUUCUGGGAAAAUACUGCAGUACAGCAUCACCACCACCUCUACAGACCACGGGACCUUCGGCCUGGAUCCACUUUCACUCAGAUUUCAGCAUCAGCGAUCGUGGAUUUCACAUCACGUACACUACUUCACCAUCUGAUCCGGGCUGCGGGGGCGUCUUUACAGAGACCGAGGGUAUCAUCAUCUCUCCUAACUGGCCUAAUAACUAUGCUCACAACAGACAGUGCAUUUAUAUCAUCAGAAUGCCACGCAGUGAACAGGUGGCUCUCAACUUCACCCACAUGGACCUGGAGAUUCAUACCGGCUGUCUUUUUGACUUUGUGGAGGUCCGAGACGGGACGGGUGAGACAGACCCACUGAUUGGGAAGUACUGUGGAAACACCCUGCCAGCACCGAUAUUGUCCACCACUAAUGGGCUCUGGAUCCGUUUCCAGUCGGACAGCUCUGUGUCCCGUGCUGGCUUUAGGGCCAUGUAUGAACUUGCUUGUGGAGGAACCCUGUCCGGAACUGGUCAGAUCCGCACUCCCUUUCAUCCUGACCCGUAUCCACACAACAAGGUGUGUGAGUGGGUCAUAAACCAACCCGAGGGUUAUGUUGUCACUCUCAACUUCCUGACCUUCGAUGUCGAGGGAAGCAGUACAUGCGCCUUCGAUCAUGUGGAGGUAAGGGACGGUCCCAGCUCUAGCUCGCCUCUGAUUGGUCGAUAUUGUGGAGUUGAGAUGCCCCCGAUGCUGGAGUCCACCCAGAAAUCCAUGUUUAUCCAGUUUAAAACAGAUGCAUCAGUCUCCAAUCACGGUUUCACUGCUGAGUUUGGUUCUGCAGAGCAAGGUUGUGGUGAAACUCUCACAGAACCAACAGGCUCAUUUACCAGUCCAGGACACCCCACUGAAUAUCCUCAUGGAGCAAACUGCACCUGGUACAUCUCUGUUCCACCCGGACACCUCAUCCGUCUGUCAUUCUCCUACUUCAACAUGGAGUUUCACACCAACUGCGCAUACGACUAUGUGGAUGUCUAUGAUAACGGCACAGCACUGACCGGCACUCUUCUGGGCAGGUUCUGUGGGCGAUCAGUUCCUCCUUCUUUAACCAGCACUGAUAGUCUGAUGACUGUUCUGCUGGUCUCUGACUCCAGUCUGUCUGCUGAAGGCUUUUCCGCCGACUAUAUCUCCAUCAAUGCCACCACAGAUUGCAGUAAGGUGUUUAGAACAUCCACCGGGGAGUUGAGCUCGCCAAACUACCCCGAUAAUUACCCUACCAAUCGAGAGUGUGUCUACAGGAUCAUAGUGGAAGUCAACAUGCAGAUCAUGCUCAACUUCACUGAUUUUCAGCUGGAAGGGUUCAGUUCCUGUGGUUUUGAUUAUUUGGAGAUCAGAGAUGGAGGCUAUGAAACGUCACCUCUGAUUGGUCAAUAUUGUGGAACUAACGCUCCACCUAUAAUAGUGUCCCAUAGCAAUCGGCUGUGGAUGAAGUUCAGAUCGGACCACUCGCUCACAUAUAGAGGGUUCCAAGCCCACUGGGACGGCACACAGACAGGCUGCGGUGGGACAUUGACCACAAGCAGUGGAGGUUUCACAUCUCCCAACUACCCUCUUCCCUAUCCUGCCAAUGCCGAAUGCUACUGGCACAUCAAAACCAGUGCAGGAAGCAGAAUCCAGCUCAGCUUCGGAGACUUUCACCUGGAGGACACCGUGGACUGCUACUUCGACUAUUUGAUGGUGUAUGAUGGCAACAAUAGUAAUGCUCAUCAACUGGCUAAACUGUGCGGAAAUCAGAUUCCUGCACCCAUCAGCUCGUCCAGAGAGAACAUGUAUGUGAAACUGCGUACAGACAGCAUCAUCCACACUGGCGGAUUUCUGGCAAACUACCAUUCUACUUGUAAUGGUAUGCUGAUUGCCAAUCGCAGUCGAGGAAUGAUCGAGAGCUUGAACUAUCCCAAUGACUACCCAUCUCAUGCCGACUGCAGCUGGACCAUUCAGGCCUACAUGGGCAACACCAUCAACUACACAUUCAUAGCCUUUGAGGUGGAGCAAUCCGAUGGAUGUGGCUACGACCAUGUAAAGCUGUAUGACGGCCCGAAUGAUCAAGCUAAUCUAAUUGGUACGUUCUGUGGAAAUGUGCCUCCACCAGCCGGCACCACCAGCGGUACCAGCCUCCACAUCGUCUUCCGCUCCGACAUGUCCAUCUCAUACAGAGGCUUUCAGAUGGACUGGUACCAGAAUGGCUGUGGUGGGGAACUCUUCGGCCCUGUUGGUACAUUCAACAGUCCAGGUUAUCCCGGGCAAUACCCUAUGAACCGUGAGUGUGUCUGGCACAUCCAUACCAGCCCUGGUAGUAGCAUCUCCAUCACCAUCCUUGAGUUUGAUGUGGAGUAUCAUCCUGACUGCAACUAUGAUAAGCUGGAGGUGUAUGGAGGGCCUGACCUAUCUGCUCCGCGAUUGGCUCAGCUCUGCACCACACGCCCUCCCAGUAACCCUCUGCAGGUGUCCAGCACAGGUAACGCUGUCACUGUUCGCUUCACAUCUGAUGCAGUUGUCAGUGGCAGAGGCUUCAACGCAACAUGGGUAGAGGUCCCAGGAGGAUGUGGAGGGAGCGUUACAGCCCCCAGCGGAGAGAUCCACUCUCCACAGUAUCCCAGCAACUACCCAGACAAUGCGGACUGUUCUUGGGUCAUCACGGUGGACGCAGGUCAUCGAGUCUUCUUCAACUUCACUGAUCUGGAUAUCGAAAAUCAGUUCUCAUGCAGUUAUGACUAUGUGGCUAUCCAUGAUGGUCCACAUGAGCAUUCUCCACUCCUGGCUCAAGUGUGUGGAACCUCCAGGCCUCCUCCAGUCACGUCCUCAACAAAUGUCAUCUAUGUUUGCUUCAGGUCAGAUCACAGUCUAAACCAUAGAGGCUUCAGUGCUCAGUUCUCAGAAGCAUGUGGAUCCUUUAUAGUGACUGAUGAUGUUGGCGGGGAGAUUGCAUCUCCUCGGUAUCCAUACCCUUACCCACCCAAUCAGGACUGCAGCUGGAUCAUACGGGCGCAGGAGCCAUUCAAUCAUGUGACUUUGUCCUUCACUGACUUUGAGCUUGAGAUGUUGAACAGUAACUGCACUCAUGAUAGCGUGGAGAUCUUGGAUGGAGACAAUGUUCAAGCACCAUCUGUUGGUCGAUACUGUGGGAGUAAUUUGCCACACCCAGUCACUUCAUUGAGCAACGCCAUGGUGGUUAAGUUUGUGUCAGAUCAUGCAGUAGGGAGGAAAGGUUUUCGGGCGACCUACAUGGCCUCAACUUCAGGCUGUGGUGGUCUCCUGAAUAUGGAGUCAGGCGCAUUUAACAGUCCAAACUAUCCUGAUGUAUACCCACCCAAUGUGGAGUGUGUGUGGACCCUCACCAGUUCCCCUGGCAACCGCAUACAGCUUUCUUUCAUAAUGUUUCAGCUUCAACCCAGUUCAGACUGCAGUAAUGACUACCUGGAGAUUCGGGAAGGACACUCCACUGGUGCUCUGGUUGGUCGUUUCUGUGGCGACUCCCUGCCUACCAACUACACCUCUAUUACGGGCCACAUACUUUGGAUUAAGUUUAUUUCAGACUCCUCGAUCAGUGGAGCUGGAUUCAGAGCUGUGUUCUCCCACUUGUAUGGAAAUGAUAUCACCGGCAGUACAGGACUGAUAGCUUCCCCCCUUUAUCCGCGUACCUACCCAAACAAUGCAGACUACCGCUGGACUGUCACUGUGGAUUCAGAUUCACACAUCCAGAUUCAAUUCCUGGACAUCGACAUUGAAGACCUGUUCAAUUGCCUUUAUGACAAGCUCAAGAUAUACGAUGGUCCAAGCACUAACUCGUUCCUUCUGGGAGAGUUCUGUGGCCUGACUCUACCCAACCCAGUAAGAAGUUCAGGCAGCGCUAUAACUCUUGAGUUUCAAUCUGACACUGUGAUUGGAGGGAAAGGCUUCCUCAUUGAGUGGACUGCUGUUCAGGGAUCUGGUCCAUUGCCCACUAUAGAGCCAGGAGCGUGUGGAGGAACACUCGUGACUGGAGACACUCCCCAGUUCUUAUUUUCUCCCGGUUGGCCCGAGCUGUAUCAGCACAAUCUUGAUUGUUCGUGGGUAAUCCGGUCUCCCAGCUCUAUAGUCGAGUUUAAUCUUCUCUCUCUAGACAUGGAGGAUGAGGUGUCAUGUCUUCACGACAGUCUGGACAUCAGGGAUGGUGAAACCAACGCGUCUCCACUGAUUGCUAAGGUUUGUGGGCGGCAACUGCCUGGUUCUCUGCAUUCUACCGGUGAUGCCAUGCUCCUGAGAUUCACCUCCGAUGGCAGUAUUAAUGGCAGGGGUUUCAAUGCAACCUUUUCUAGAGGAUGUGGUGGCUUCCUCCAUACAGACAGAGGCGUUCUAAGUUCUCCUCAGUAUCCACAAAACUACAAGCCCAACCUGAAUUGCAAUUGGCAAGUAAUGGUGACCCCAGGGUUUAGGGUUUCUGUAACUUUCCAAAGUCCCUUUCAAGUACAAGGUUAUGGCAAUCAGUGUAGCACAGGUGACUACCUGGAGUUACGGAAUGGACCUGAUGGCAAUUCACCAACCUUGUCAGGGCGUCUCUGUGGAUCCAACGUUCCAUCCACAUUUCAGACCACAGACAACAGUCUUUAUGCCCACUUUGUUUCUGAUGGCUCCAAUGAGGGAAAUGGCUUCAAACUGUUAUUUGAAGCACACAGUUCAGCUUGUGGUGGUCUUAUCGAGCUUAAUGACGGAGAUCCACCAGGAUACAUCACAUCUCCUGACUAUCCAUCAAAUUACCCCCAAAAUAUUGACUGUGUGUGGAUUAUCACUGUUCCCAAUGGGGAAGCUGUACAACUCGACUUUGAGGGUGAUUUCUACAUCGAACCUCAUUCUGGGUGUUUAUUUGAUUACAUCGAAAUCCGGGAUGGUCCCACAUCAGAUGCUGAUUUGAUUGGCAGACUUUGUGGCAACACCCGCCCAUCUACACAGCAUUCUUCUGGCACCACCAUGUAUUUACGAUUCCGAACUGAUGCUAGUGUCACACAUAUUGGUUUCAAAGCCAAGUACUCCAUUGCUGUAUGUGGUGGUACCUACAUCGGUCAAAAUGGUGUCAUCAGAAGCCCUGGUUUUCCUGGCUCAAAUUAUCCUGACAACUCUAACUGUGAAUGGUACCUAGAAGGUCCUACUGGACACUAUUUAACUCUCACCUACACUGCCUUCGACUUGCAGAGCUCCGCUAAUUGCAACAGUGACUACGUUGAGAUACGUGAAUACAAUGCUUCAGGUCGCCUGUUGGGGAAACACUGUGGAAACAACCUUCCGGCUCCCAUGGAUACUGGAGACAGUUUUGCCUAUGUAAAGUUUGUCAGUGAUGCUAGCGCGAAUGCUGGAGGGUUUAGCUUAUCAUUUGAAGCCAGCAUUGAAGAAUGUGGAGGGGAUCUGAAUGCACCAUUCGGGACCAUAUCAUCUCCCAACUACCCCAACCUCUACCCACACAGCCGAAUUUGUCGCUGGAGUAUCACUGUUCCUCAAGGUCGUAGGGUCACUCUUACAAUCAAUGACUUGAGGCUGGAGGACCAAAGUACCUGCGCAUUUGACUUUGUUGAGAUCCUGAAUGGUCUGACUCCCAGUGCCCCUCGAUUGGAUCGUUUAUGUGGUACAGUCCCUGCUGGAACCCAGGUCAAGUCUUCAGGGAAUACUAUGACAGUCAUUUUCAGCACAGAUUCAUCUGUGUCUAAUGGUGGAUUCACAGCAGACUAUUCAUCAGAGGAGUCAGCAGUUUGUGGUGGGAUUCUCAAUGAACCUGGAAACUUCACCUCACCCGACUUUGGCAAUGGCAACUACAGCAACAACCUGAACUGUGAAUGGCUGAUCCAGAACCCACAUCACACAAAUUCCUCCAUUGUGGUUAUUAUAGAUGAGCUGCAUCUAGAGCACCACCAAACCUGUGAGUGGGACUACUUGGAGUUCAGACUGGGAGAUCACAAUGGAGAGCUCUUGACUCGUUUAUGUGGACAGACUCCUCCAUCAAUCCCCAUAGUGGUGUCCACCCCUAGUCUUUGGGUUCACUUUCUGUCUGAUGAGGCUGUGGGUGACCUCGGCUUCAAGGCAACAUAUUACUUUUCAGAGUGUGGAGGGACACAAAGUGGAGAUGGAGGUGUCAUCUCUAGCCCUGGAUAUCCCAAUGUCUACCCCAGUCCAAGCCGUUGUACAUGGCUUCUUGAAGCUCCAGUGGGCCACACUGUAGUUCUUACAUUUACAUACUUUGAAGUGGAGGAGCACAGCCAGUGCGUCUGGGACUCUGUGACCAUCUUCAAUGGAGCCUCGUCAGGAUCCCCGAUUAUUGGUCAAUACUGUGGCCACAACUCUCCAGGAACAAUCCGAUCAGGCUCUAACAAAUUAGUUGUGGUAUUCCUUGCCGAUCAUACAGUGUCCAAAGGAGGAUUUGCUGCCACCUGGUCAACAGACUCAACAGGAUGUGGAGGAAUUAUCCAUGCUGAUACAGGAACCAUCAAAUCUCCCAAUUAUCCUCAGAAUUUCCCGACCAAUAUCGAAUGUUCUUGGACUAUCAUUGCCCAUGAUGGAAACCAUCUGGAAAUGGGCUUUGCCAGUGACUUCCAGAUCCCAGACUCGAGUGGACAGUGUCAAAACAGUUAUAUCAAGAUGUGGUCUGACAACAUUCAGAAUGACGAGAAUCUCUUGGCCACCGGCUGUGGCACCACAGCCCCUGCUGCGAUCAUUGCACCCAGAAAUGUUAUCACAGCUCGUUUCCAGUCCUCCGAUACACCCGGCAAAGGCUUCUCCGCUGCAUUCUACACUACUUGUGGAGCCAAUUUCACAGCCUCAUCUGGCCGUGUAGUAUCCCCAAACUACCCAGACCACUAUCCAGCAAACUCCAACUGUAAUUACAUCAUCAAUGCUGGAGAACAAUUUGUGGUUGUGCUCACGUUCAGAACUUUCCAGAUAGAGGCACACUCCACAUGUGUCUAUGAUGGUGUGAAGAUCUACAGUGGCACCACCGCCAGUAGUUCACCAUUGGCUACUCUUUGUGGAAAUACAAUCCCAGGGAUCUUCACCACUUUCGGACCAAUGCUCAUCAACUUCUACUCUGAUUCCAUCAUCCAUGACAAUGGCUUCCUGGCAGAAUACACCACCAUACCAUGUGGUGGCGUGUUUAAUGGUACAGCUGGGACAAUCGGCAGUCCAUCUCAUUCCAUCUCCAACUACCACCACAACAUCAACUGCACAUACCACAUAUAUGUCCGCAACAACCGGGUCAUCAAUCUCAAGUUCAACUCUUUUAAUCUGGAAGCCUCCUCGACGUGUAACUUUGACUAUGUGGCGGUGUAUGAUGGAGAAAGCACUCUUGCUCCACUGAUGGGGAAGUUCUGUGGACACGAACUGCCACCCAACCUCAGGUCCUCCACCAAUCACAUGUUCCUGCAGUUUGUUACUGACUCGUCAGUUGCGGCGGAGGGUUGGAGAGCAACCUACAGUGAGACUUUAGGUCCUCAGCAGGGCUGUGGAGGUUUCCUGUCUUCCCCGUCAGGAAUGUUUGGUUCUCCUGAUAUUGACAUGAAUGGUCAGUAUGAGCCGCAUAUGGACUGUAUGUGGACCAUCGCUGUGGAGGUCAAUAAAGCCAUCAACCUCACAUUCAUAUCCUUUGAGCUUGAAGGGUCCACCGGAACCCUCUGCAGAUACGAUCAUGUCACGAUCUAUGAUGGUGACAGUGCUAAUUUUCCACUGGUCGGCACGUUCUGUGGAGAUGUGAUUCCUGCGCCCUUCAUCUCGGCCAGUAACUUCCUGACUGUUCACUUUAUCUCGGAUGGCACAGUUUCCCGCCGCGGCUUCAAUGCCACCUACAGCACAGUGAACAGUCUUUGUGGAGGAGCUUUCAAUGCCACAGCAACAUCUCAGACCAUCACAUCUCCAUUAUAUCCCAAUGCCUACCCGCCGUUCACCUCCUGCCGCUGGGUGCUGGAUGCUCCGUCUCAGGAGGGGGUGAAAGUGUCUGUACAGCAGUUCCACCUGGACACCAGCCAGAGCUGCACCAGCAACUUCCUGGAGUUUAAGGACUUCCCUGUGGGAGAUUACGGACAGGCUCAUAAAUUUUGCAGCGCAGAUUCACAUGUGCCAGAUUUCUACAGUUAUGGACGCACCAUGCACAUCACCUUCAAAUCUGAGGCCUUCAUGACUGGAAACGGGUUCAGUCUGAGCUAUCAGGUGGCGGGUUGUAGCCGGGUCUAUGAGCAGGAAUAUGGUUACCUGAAAAGCCCAGGCUGGCCUGAUCUGUAUCCUCAUAAUCUGGAGUGCAGUAUCGUCCUGCAGGCGCCUCAAAACAGCUUCAUCUCUCUCUUCUUUACCAGUUUUGAUGUAGAGACUCAUCCUUCCUGCAACUUUGACUAUCUUGAGGUCAGAAACGGCAGCACCGCCACAUCUCCUCUAUUAGGAAAGCAUUGUGGAAACACACUUCCCAAUCCCGUCUUCCCAGGAAGCAACGAGCUCUUCAUAUUCUUCAAGAGUGACUUUACUACCACUCGUAAUGGCUUCGAGAUCACCUGGACUUCCUCACCACAGGGUUGUGGUGGUGUGUUAUAUGGAGACCACGGCUCCUUCACCAGUCCAAACUACCCUGGUACUUACGCCAACGGUAGUUCCUGUGAGUGGUCAAUCAGGGCUCCUAGUGGCCGAGUAGUGACCGUCACGUUUAAUCAGAUCAGCAUUGAUGACCCAGGAGACUGUCAGAACAAUUAUCUGAAGCUGUUCGAUGGACCAGAUGCCAAUUCACCUGCUGUCGGGCCGUACUGUGGAUUGGAGACAAAUAUCGCUCCUUUCAGAGCUUCUUCAAACCUCGUAUUUGUGAAAUUCUCGGCUCAGUCUGCUGUUCUUCCAUCAGGAUUCAGACUCACCUGGAGCAGCUGAGAAGAAAUUAUUUUAAAUAUUAAUAAUAUUCACACACACACACACACACACACAAACACACUUGGCGAUCAUGUAAACAGUCUCAUUAAGUGGCAAAUCAAACAUAAUGUACAAAUCAUCCAUCAUCUGUAGAUAAUUGUUUAAAGAAUGAAUUCAUGUAUGUAUUUUAAUGUCUUUUAUUUGAAAAUAAAGAUGUUUGAUGUAGUACUU